AUGGAUAAGCCUACCCCCCGUGUCAAUGCCGGUAUGCUCGGUCAGUAUACCAACACAACGGUGCGCCUUACUGGACGAGUUGUCAAGUCGCAGGGAAGCUCGCUUGUGCUUGAGACAUCCGACAGCGGCACGCUCACUGUGCAUCUGACACCGGAGUGCACUGUCAACUCCGAGUUUACUGAGAUCGUCGGCAAGGUCCAGGGCGAUGGCACUGUGAGCGCAUUCACCACCGUCGACCUUUCAAGCAACUUUGGUAUGUAUCUGCCUCGCUGCAUUAUUUGCUGUUCAUAG